UUUAAGCAAUAAGCAAACUUGAGAAUAAUAGCGAAUAUUGUUUGGUUUGAUCAUUUCUGACUUGAGUUCUUUUUUUGUGUUUCUAAUGAAAUAUCAACAAAAUAGCCAGAAAAUGGCUGGAAGCUCAAAAGAGUUCAGAUGCGGUAGUAAUAUGUCUCAGGAAUCAGUUAAGAUUGUGGCUGAAUCAAUUGGUUUGUCUAAUAUUUCCGAUGAAGCCGCAAAAAUACUAGCUGAUGAUGUCAGUUACCGGAUGAAAAUGAUUAUCCAGGAUGCCAAGAAAUUUAUGAGUCAUUCCAAACGCAAGCGACUAAGUGUUACAGAUAUUGAUCACUCUUUAAAAGUCAAAAAUAUAGAACCAGUCUAUGGUUUUACUAGUCGAGAGUUUAUACCUUUUCGAUUCGCCAGUGGUGGUGGACGUGAAAUUUAUUUUACUGAAGAAAAAGAAAUGGAAUUGAGUGAUAUAGUUGGAGCACAAAUGCCAAAACUACCCCUUGACGUUGCUGUGAAAGCUCACUGGUUAAGUAUUGAAGGUAUCCAACCCACCAUUCCAGAAAACCCACCUCCGAUUUCAAAAGAUCAGCAAAAGCUUGAAAGUAUGGAUCCCUCUGCUAAGACGCCUAAAAUUGGAGCCAACAAAAACUCAAAGGAAGAAAUUUCUAAACAGCUUGAAAUUGUUCGCUUGAAGCAGCUUGCUACUCAUGAAUUGUCUGUGGAGCAGCAGUUAUAUUACAAAGAAAUAACUGAGGCUUGUGUUGGAUCAGACGAGCCACGCAGAGCUGAAGCUCUUCAAAGUCUUGCUUCUGAUCCAGGUUUGUACCAGAUGCUACCACGUCUAAGUCAGUUUAUUUCAGAAGGGGUGAAAGUGAAUGUUGUUCAGAACAACUUAGCACUACUCAUUUAUCUCAUGAGAAUGGUGAAGGCUUUAUUGGAUAAUCAAACUUUGUUUUUGGAGAAAUAUCUUCAUGAACUCAUCCCUGCUGUUUGUUCAUGUAUAGUGAGCAGACAGUUGUGUACAAGACCAGAUGUUGAUAACCACUGGGCUCUGAGAGAUUUUGCUUCUCGUUUGAUAGCUCAAAUUGCUAAAAAUUUUAACACCACAACAAGCAAUGUGCAGACAAGAGUGACUAGAAUGUUUCAUCGUUCUCUAGCCAAUGAUAAAAUGCCUUUAUCUUCUCAUUAUGGUAGUAUAUCUGGAUUAUCAGAGUUGGGACCAGAGGUGGUACGCAGCUUUAUAAUUCCUAGAGUGAAGGCCAUAGGGGAACGUAUAAAGCAAUGUCUCGAAGGUCCCAUGACCACCAGUGUAGAUAAGAGUGCAGCAGAGCACAUAAAGCAGCUUAUAUUGCGAAUUUUAACACCUGUAUUGAAGACAGGAAGCUCCUUUGGAGAUAGCCUUGAUGAGUAUAAAAAUGAGUUCGGUUAUUUAGGACCUUUCCUGCACAGCCAAGUUAUGCGUGCAAAACAAACUACGACAACUGUUUCAACUACAGCAAGGACUUCAUUUACUGUGACUCAGCCCCGGAUGAUACCGGCUAUACCCAGGCCUCCUACGAUAGUGGCAGUGCCCCGAACUUCACAAACACCAGGAGCUCCGUCGCCCACUGGACCCAAGUACGUGAUAGUGACACCAACAGCGAGACCUGGCACUCCAGUAUCAACUGUAAAUCAACCAUCUCCCACUCCUACUAGCGUAAUAAACUCGACCACCCUUCUUAAAAUUGUAACAACACCUUCUGCGUCCAGCAAAACUGUUACUACUACACCAUCAUUGGCGAAGCUUGUAGUUUUGCAGGCUGCUGAAGGCAGUAUCAAAUCAGAGCCGGCUUCUCCAAUCUGCAGUCGUCCUGCAACGCCUGAGGUAACGGCUCAUGUCUCUACCGAUAUCAUGGAUCAAAGCUGAUAUUGGUAUCAGUAGUAUUUAUUGUAAAUGUAUAUAAACGUAUAAAAAGUUUUUUUUU